AUGCGCGUAACUGGUUUCGCCACUGAGUCAUUACGCAGUGAUCCCAUGAUACACGAGACAUUUCCCGUCAAGGAGUUACAGGAUUAUUGGGCAACACGCUCCAGGUAUGAAGAAAGAGGUGCAGCGGUAGACGAGGCUCCUCCCCCACCAUAUAGGCUGGAAGAUGAGCAACACACAGAGUCCUCAAACGAGCGGUGCAUUCAAUGUCAGGCUAUUCCGAUCUGGAGCCACCAAGCCCACCCUCGGUUCUUCAUCCAGUGCCUCAGCCUCUUUUAUGUCCCCGCCGCCUGUUCCAGCCAGGAGUUCAUCGCUGACCACUGGGUUCUCGCCCCCCAAGCUCCUAACCAGUCGGCGCCGAUGUGGACAGGCAUUGGUGGAGAGGAUGGCUUCAAUCUUGCGGGGCGCGCACUAGACACGCUUGGAGGCAUCACGAGGAGAGAUGCGAAGAGUGAAUCUUCUCCUGAACAAGUUCAAAUGAUAUUAGCCUCGUAAGAACUCACAGGAACUCCUUGCUUCCACCUUUGUAUGGUUACAGAUGCUGCCUAGUUGAACUUUGAUUGAAUGACUAUUGUAC